AUGACAUCAAGCAACGGCCAGAAGCUUGUCUCUAUCAACCCGACAACCGAGUCUGAGAUCGUUUCAGUCUAUGCCGCGACGGAAGAGGAUGUUGAUUCAGCAGUCCGUGCAGCCCGUUCAGCGUUUGAGAGCGAGGCAUGGCAUGGCACAGACGGCACUGGGCGCGGGCAGCUUAUGAUGAAACUUGCCGACAUUGUCCAGCGUAACCAAACAGUUCUUGCAACCAUUGAAUCCUUGGAUAAUGGAAAGCCCUACAGCAAGGCCCUGGGGGAUAUAGAAGAAGUGUGCAGUGUCUUGCGCUACUAUGCAGGUUGGGCCGACAAGAACUAUGGUCAGACCAUCGAGACGUCUCGCGCAAAGUUCACGUACACAGUCCGUGAGCCUAUCGGUGUCUGCAGCCAGAUUAUACCAUGGAACUAUCCCAUCGGAAUGGCUUCAUGGAAGCUUGGUCCAGCCCUUGCCUGCGGCAAUACGAUUGUCAUCAAAGCUUCGGAGCAAACACCACUGUCGAUUCUGUAUUUCGCCAACCUGGUUGCAGAAGCCGGAUUCCCGCCAGGCGUUCUUAACAUUAUCAAAGGCCACGGAUCCGAAGCCGGCGCCGCACUCGUCCAGCACCCUGAAGUCGAUAAGGUCGCCUUCACCGGAAGCACAGCUACCGGCAAGCAGAUUAUGAAGUUAGCUAGCAAAACAUUGAAGAAUAUCACCCUGGAAACUGGCGGCAAAAGUCCCCUACUUAUCUUCGACGACGCCCCGCUCGAAAAUGCCAUAUGCACAGCAACAUCUCGAGUUUUCGUGCACGAGCACAUCUACGAUUCGUUCAUGGACGCAUUUGUCGCUUAUGCCACUAGUGUCAACGUUAUAGGCGACCCAUUUGACAAUAACACGUCCCAGGGAGCCCAGGUUUCGAAACAGCAGUUCGACAAGAUCCUGGCGUAUGUCCAGGCUGCAAAGGAAGAAGGCGCUACUAUUGUUUCAGGGGGUACAGUAGCAGAGAACAGACCGAAUAACAAAGGGUAUUUCAUCUCGCCGACUGUUGUGGGGAAUGUCAAGUCCAGCAUGCGCGUGUACCGAGAAGAAAUAUUCGGGCCAUUCGGUGUCUUCAUCAAGUUCAAUGAUGAGAAGGACGUUAUCAAAAUGGCCAACGAUACAGAUUAUGGCCUCGCUGCUGCUAUCUAUACUCGUGACAAUGCAAGGAUUCACCGCAUUGUGCCACAACUCAAGGUUGGUAUGGUGUCUGUUAAUGCUACCAAUAAUAGUGACUUCCGGGUGCCGUUUGGGGGUGUGAAGCAAAGUGGAAUUGGGAGGGAGCUUGGACAGGCAGGAUUGGAGGCAUAUUCUAAUAUUAAGGCUAUUCUGAUGAACAUCACCUAG